GCUAUCAUUUCUCUUCUCAGACCUUUGUCGAAAGCCUUGGGAUCGAAGGGAGGGAUAUUAAUCAUGGCGUAGGCGAAGCAUAAUCAUCUUCCAGUAAUUGCAGAGUGCAAAAAAAUAAACACAUAGCUCAGAGAGAAAGAGAAGAAGAAGAAAAAAAAAAUGAUUAAAGUCAGAGAGAGAGAUAGAGAGAGAGAGGGGGGGUAUGGAGAUGAAUAACUCACGCUCUCUCUUUCUUUCUUUUCAAGGCUACUUUAAUAUAUAAGCUGUAAACUCGAAAGAGUAAAGAGGAAACUGAGAAAAGUUGCUAAAAGCAAGCAGGUAUGUGGGUGUCACCUGAACUGUCUUUCUUUGAAUAGAGUGUGAGAGAGAUUCCUAUAGCAAAGCUACCCAGUUAAUUCAAUUUACUAAUCAUCUUGGGAUUUUCAAGCCUUUUAUAAUACGAUUACCAUCAUCAUCAUGGAGUCUGCAAAUCUCCAUCACCAACAUCAUCAGCUCCAAGACCAGCUUCUUGGCUCCUCUUCUUUGCCCACCACCACUACUUGCUAUGGAGUUGGAGGCCACCAUGCUUGGAAUAGUAGUGGUAAUUUUAAUCCAAACCCAGAUGGAGUUUUCUCAAACCAAGGGGAUUCAAGGCAAAAUAGUGAAAUUCUAGUCCCUUCUCUCAACACUUGCAUGCUCCAAGAUCACUCGAGCUUUCAGUGGAGUAGCAAUGCAGGCAGCUUCAUCAAGGAAGAGCUCUCAGAAUCUUUCCUCCCCAAAUUCUCUGAAAUGUUAAACAGUAGUUCCUCAAGUAUUGAAGAUUUCCAUUUUCCUGCUCCAACCCACAUAAAGAAUGAGCAAAAGAAUAUAAAUAUUGAUCUUAGUGAGAAGCUGUUGCUCAAGACCAUCUCCGCCUCCAAAGGGUUUUACUCCAACGCCCACAACUGUGCUAGUUUUGGAAGCGAGGCAGUGGGAAUUAGUAGAGGGAACUUCAGCCAGAUUUAUCCAAGCAUAAAUAUUUCAAACUUGAAUCAACCGCCAUCGGCAUUUUUAAGCUCCUUGGACAUGAACUUUCAGGCCUUGGAUCUAUUAAACUCCGAAAGAUCAUACAGUACUGAUAGUUUUGGCGUUUUUAAAGAGGGCCCUUCUUUCGGCCUUGAUCAUAUGCAGCAAUUGCACAGGCCCUCAUGUAGCCCUAGUAAUAUAUCACAGUUCGCAAACAGAGUAACAGAAGCAAAGAGACCCAGCUUGAUGGAGGCAAAGGCAUCUCAAGCUGCACCCAAGAAAUCGCGAUUGGAGCCACGCGCUUCCUGUCCACCAUUUAAGGUUAGGAAAGAAAAACUAGGAGAUAGAAUUGCAGCUCUUCAGCAGUUGGUGGCUCCCUUUGGCAAGACAGAUACAGCAUCGGUACUAAUGGAGGCUAUCGGGUACAUCAAAUUCCUUCAAAGCCAGGUCGAGACACUGAGCGUCCCAUACAUGAAGUCAUCUCGAAACAAGACUUGCAGAACAAUGCAAGGGGGUUCAGUACUGGAUGAUGGAAAUGAAGAAGCAAGGCGAGACCUCAGAAGCCGAGGGCUGUGUCUCGUGCCAUUGUCUUGCAUGUCUUAUGUCACCGGUGAUGGCAGUGGCGGAGGGGUUUGGCCACCAACUAGCUACGGUGGAGGAACUUAAUAAAUUAGCAUGUUUCUUAUUAUAUAGACGUGGGCAAGACCAAAAAAAACAAAUACUGCUUAUUUUGAUCAAAGCCCAUAUUAUUUAGGUUUCUCUGUAGCAUCAUUUUAGUGGAGCAAAUUUGGUCAUCCUGUAAAAAAUGGAUCCCAGGAUGGACCAAGUUUGAUCCAUUAAAAAAUCAUGUAUCAUUUAUAUGUAUUUUGAAGACCUGCUAGCUCCUUUUCACAA